GAACCCAGAAAAGGAGGCAAGCAGGCAGCGAGAGCUCCUCUCCUCUCUGUCUCUUCUUCUCGCUGCUCCCAAUGCCGAUGCAGCGAAACGCCAUGAAUUUUUCGGGACCAAAAUAAAAAGAACACACCCCACAUUCAGAGAAAGAAAGAGAGAGAGAGAGAGAGUAGGAGUAGUAUGUGAGAGCUCCAAUGAAUGUGUCACAGAUGUCCAUCAGAGUAUCAGACCCAAGAACAAAGACAAAAGGAUUAAAAAAAAUAGAGUAGCCAUAGUAAAAAGAGGAUCCAAUGCAAUGCAAUGUGAUGUGAAGUUUUACCCGGGAAGUUUUUACAUAGGAUCCUUCUUGUGCUUCCAAGUUUUUUCCACCCGUGUUUUUGGGCGUCGCUUCUUGAAAGGAUACAUUUUAUCUGUAGCGGUUUUUCACUGGUUGCUUCUUGAAAGUAUUUGUCGAGUAGUAGCAGUAUUCAUUUGUGUGAUUAAUUAGUGGUGAGUAAACAGUGGUGGUGAGCAGCUCUCUCUCUCUCUCUCUCUCUCUCUGCUGUGGCUUUUGCAUCGCAUGCAUGCGUGCUUUGCCUGGCUGGUUGCCUCUGCUCUGCUCUCCCUCCAUUUCGAAUUUCAAAUUCACAGCCACCUCCGCUCCCCCAACGCCUAGUUUUUUUUUCCUCUCCUCUUCCCUGCAAAGCCAAAGCCCUCGCACGCGUGCCUGCCUCUUCUGUGUCUCUCUGCGACAGCCAUCGCCACCGACUUCUUCGUCUUCCUCGUUGGUCUCCUCUCUCUCUCUGUGUUCUUGGUGUUCCCUGUGCUGUUCUUGGGCAAGAAGAAGAAGGAGAGCAGAUGGGAGGGUCAGGGAAGUGGGUCAAGUCGCUCAUAGGGCUCAAGAAGCCUGACAGGGAGGAUUGCAAGGAGAAGCUGCAAGUUCCAUCGGUCAAUGGCAGAGGAGGAGGCAAGGGGAGGAAGUGGAAGCUGUGGAGGAGCUCCUCCGGCGACCACGGCUCGCUAUGGCGGGGCUCGAGGGGCGGCGGCGGCGGCGGCGGCCACCACCGCUCCGCGUCGUCGGACGCCUCCGACGACGCCUCCUCCGCCGCCGCCGACCCCUUCACCGCCGCCGUCGCCACCGUCGCCCGCGCACCGGCCAAGGACUUCAUGGCCGUCCGCCAAGAGUGGGCCGCCAUCCGCGUCCAGACCGCCUUCCGCGGCUUCCUGGCGAGGCGGGCGCUGCGGGCGCUGAAGGGGCUGGUGCGGCUGCAGGCGAUCGUGCGGGGGCGGCAGGUGAGGAAGCAGGCGGCGGUGACGCUGCGGUGCAUGCAGGCGCUGGUCCGGGUGCAGGCGCGCAUCCGCGCUCGCCGCGUGCGCAUGUCCACCGAGGGCCAGGCCGUGCAGAAGCUGCUCGAGGCUCGCCGCACCAAGCUCGACAUCCUCCGGGAAGCCGAGGAAGGAUGGUGUGAUAGCCAGGGAACAUUGGAGGAUGUGAGAGUGAAGCUUCAGAAGCGUCAGGAAGGCGCGAUCAAGCGUGAACGAGCUAUCGCGUAUGCGUAUUCGCAGCAGAUCGAAGGCGCUACGAAAUGCAAUCAACCGAAGCCUACUUCUUAUGGUCGGCUGAACCAGUCUGGAAUGUUGCUUAAGCACCAACAUUUCGACAAGAGCAAUGGCAACUGGAGCUGGCUGGAGAGGUGGAUGGCGGCGAGGCCUUGGGAGAACAGGCUGAUGGAGGAGCACAACCAGACCAACUCCAGCUCGCCGGACCUCCUGUCCUCCAAGAACUGCGAGGAUUCAUUCGGCAUUCUUGGGGACUUCUCCGAACCAAAUUCAGUGAAAGUGCGCAAGAACAAUGUCAGCAAGAGGGUCUGCGCGAAACCGCCGGUAGUAUCACACCACCAGCGCAUCAAAGCUCAGUCGAUCUCGUCUCUGAGCACUGAAUUGCACAAUGAUGAGAGCUCGGCAUCGUCAUCGUCGUGCUUUGCUUCGACACCAAUAUCGUUCUCCACCUUUGUCACGACGGAGAAGACCGAGGACAGCAUCAGGGCAAGGCCAAACUACAUGAACAUGACGGAGUCGAUCAAGGCGAAGCGAAAGGCGUGUAAUGCUCAAAGAACGACAGCAGGGAAACUGAUGGAGGAUAGGAAGGCCUCAGGUGUCGAGUUGAAGGUCGCUCAAGUUUGAAUUUGCAAUGUUCUUGGAGCUGUAAGCUGAGAUGAAGCCAACUUCUACCUCUCUAGGGUGUUUGUUAGGUGGAUUGCUCCAUCCACAGGUUUUUCGAUGUCUUGCUGCUGCAUUCUUGAGUUGUGUCUGUGUCGCCAAUCUCAUGUUCAACAUCUUGUUGUCGAGUCAUCCCAUUUUUGGGGAUGUCCUCAUUGUCAGUGGCAGUGUCUUUGUAAGAUAGCUCUUUGAUUGGGAAAAAAAUGGUGUGGAUUUGUUGCA